UCUAAUUUAAUUAAAGAAAAAAUAGAAACAGUUAUUUAAAAGAAUUUCGAUUGAAAAAUUACUCCAAAUUAAAUGACUACUUCCGACAAUACAAAAAAUAUUGAUAUUCAAUCAAUUUUAUAUGACAUGUCUAAUACUUUUCUACCUUUCUUUAAAGUUCAUGAAGAUGGACAAAUUGAAAGAUACAUCCUCACCUCAAAAGUCAAAGCGGGUAUGGAUCGGGUUACGGGUAUCCAUACCAAAGACGUUGUAAUAUCUACAAACCCUGACAUAUCGGGUCGGAUCUUUUUACCCAAGUUGGAUGAAGGGGAAAGCCCAAAUAGAAAGAAAUUACCUUUGCUAAUUCAUUACCAUGGUGGAGGGUUUUGUACCGGGUCAGCUUUUGGCCCGAUUAUCAAAAACUUUCUAAGUAAUUUGGUAUCCAUGGCCUACAUUGUUGCCUUUUCAAUAGAUUAUAGGCUAGCCCCAGAAUACCCUUUACCCAUUGCUUAUGAAGAUUCUUGGGCCGCAUUUCAAUGGAUUGCGGCCCAAGCUGAUGAAAAUGAAUCUGCAUCAGAUCCGUGGUUUAAUAAGUAUGUGGAUUUUAAUCGGGUCUUUUUAUGUGGUGAAAGUUCGGGAGCAAAUUUAGCACAUGAUGUAGCAAUUAGAGCUAGUGUUGAACCUCUUCCAAACUUAAACCUUGCAGGUUUACUAUCCAUACAUCCUUAUUUUGCCGCAAAACAACCCGAAAGGUUAAUUAAGUAUUUAUAUCCGACAAGUAGCGGGUCGGUUGAUGAUCCGAGAUUGAAUCCGGGUGUGGAUCCGAGGUUGUAUAAAUUAGCAUGUGAUAAGGUGCUGGUUUGUGUGGCAGAAAAAGACAAGUAUAAGGAAAGAGGAUUGGCUUAUAUUAAACAUUUGGAAAAAACAUGGAAAGGAAAGGUUGAAGUUAUGGAAACAUUAGGGGAAGGACAUUGUUUUCAUGUGCUUGAUGCUACUUCUCCAAAUAUUGAUAGUUUUAUGUCUAGGAUUGCUUCUUUCUUAAAAGAAGAUUAGUAAAAUUAUUGAUUGCUAGUUUGCUACUAUUGUAUAUGUAUAA